UUUCUGGGAAACCUUUGACGUACUUUGUUGCUUUAUCUAAAUUGAAUAAUCAAAAUCCACUAUUUUCGAUUAGCGUUCCAAGUGUGCACAACAUUGCGAAAAAAUGGAUUUCGUCGCUGUACAAACCGACGACUGGAUCGAACAACUAAAAUGUGCGAGCUGCGGAAACUACCUGUCGUACUUUCCAAUCCGCACUACCUUCAGCAACGACAACAUCUGCGGAAGAUGCCGUUCUCCCCCAGAAAACACCAUUAGAAACGAAAUCUACGAACUGGUCUCCCAGCAGAUGAGAUUUCCGUGCCGUUACAUGAGCGAAGGCUGCUUUGCUAAAUUUUCUCCUGAAGACACUCCAAACCACGAAAAUCAGUGCACUUUCAAAGACCUCAAAUGCCCCACCCAUGAUUUCACCCGCUGCAACGCCAAGGUAUCUUAUCGCGACUUGAUGACGCACUGCCAACUCAAACAUGGCGACUUGUUUCUGAACAACGGCCAAUUUGAAAUUCACCUGACGUGGUCCCAGAACUCCUGCCAUCUUCUAGAACACAACAACCAACUUUUUAUUGUCAGGAGGAAGUUUCGAUUGGCAGAUAGUCUUUUCCAGAUUUCUGUAACACCUCCCGAACGUGGCGAUCAUACAGUGUGGCCAUACAAAGUGCGUUUGACGUGUGGUAGCACUGAGCUGGCGGUUAAAGGUAACACCAAAGUGGGUGUUAAGGAGAUUUUUUUGAAUUCGUUGAUAAGCCAGAAGGGUGAGGCGUCGAAGAUUACCGGGAGGGUGUUUUUGAUGAGGAAGGCCAGUGGUCCCGAGGCGGUAGAAUAGAAUAGAAUAGAAUAGAAUAGAAUAUUUUAUUGAUGCUUGUAACAUGUAGUUUUUGCAUAAGUCAGACUAUGAACAUGUAAAAAAUACAAAUAAUAAAACUAAAUAUAACAACUAAAAUCAUA